CGCAAAUCUCUGCUUUCCGCCCUUACCGAAGACACACCGCCUUUUCAUAAAAUUACGGCCCUAUUUCUAAUUUUUCAGAAUUCACCCCUUUUUUAGCCGAAGUUGCCCCCCUAUUUUCCCCGGAACACCAUUCUUUCACUGCUCUUUCCAAACUCCAGAAGCGACCGAAGUCACCACAAGUCGAAUAUGGCACCAAUUUCACAACCUGACCUUUGGGCCCCAUGGGAAAGUGCCACCAUUCUCCAAGUGAGGACCAGCACGAUGAAACAAAUGCGUGGGCUGUCGAUCACAACGGGCAUCUAUAAGCUUCCGCGCACCACGCGCGUCUUUUGCUCUUUCACAGGUCUCGAGAGCGAUGAACACGAUCUCACUUUCCAUGGUGGUGUCGACAAAGCCGUGCAUCAAUAUUUUCCGGGCCAUUACAAGGACUGGAAGGAGGAGCACCCCGAGGCCGAAGAAGCGUUUGAGGUCGGUGGAUUUGGAGAAAAUCUCGUUGUGAAUGGCGGAAUGAACGAGCGCAAUGUUUGUAUUGGGGAUAUUAUACGGGUUGGUGGGCAAGAUGGGGUUCUGUUACAAAUUUCGUUGCCCAGACAACCCUGCUUCAAGCUGAAUCAUCGAUUUGGACUUAAGGGCUUCGCGGCUCAAACAUGGAAGAAGAGUCGCACGGGGUGGUACUACAAGGUGCUUGAAGAGGGGUGGAUGGAGGUUGGUGAUAAAGUCACGCUGGUGGAGAGAAAGUAUCCCCACUGGACAAUUGAGAGGGUGCAAGAGUAUCUGCAUCGCGAUAAGGACAAUCUUCAGAAGUUGAUGGAGCUGGAGAAGAUUGAGGAAUUCGGGGACGAGUGCAAAAACGCCUUCAAGACCAGAGUUGCAAAACUCAAGGCCGAAGAAGAGGAGAAGGCAAACGGUGGGAAGAAGAAAAAACCAGAGGUUUGGCAGGAGUUUGAAGUUGUUGAGAAGAAGGCCGAAACCAGCAGAAUAGCCUCCUUUAUUCUUGAGAGACCUGGCGAAGGAGAAGAGCUGGAUCCUGGGUUCUUCGUUCGACUCAAAUUGCCCAACGGCUUGAUUCGCCCUUACUCCAUCGUAGGUGGGACAACGAAUCGCUUCCAACUCGGAAUCGCUCUCGAGGAGGACAGCCGUGGCGGCUCACGAUACCUACAUGAAAUAAUUCAGCAAGGAGAUAAGAUCCUUGCAGGGAAUCUUACUGAAAGUAUUCCUUGUUCUCCCCAGUCUUCAAAUCAUAUUUUUAUAGCAGGUGGUAUUGGUAUCACCGCUUUCCUCGCACACAUGGACAUUUAUUCUCAAAUCAACUGGAACUACACACUUCACUACGCCGUCCGAUCUACUGAAGACAUUCCGUUCAGAUCAUUGGUCGAAAAAAUGAGAUCAAACGUCGUAAUCUACAACAAAUCGAAAGGCGAACGGAUGGAUGUCCUUCAAAUUCUCAAAGAUCGCUCCUGGAACUCCUUCGUAUAUAGUUGCGGACCGCAGCGGAUGGUCGAGGAUAUUAUACGCUCUUCAAAGGAAUGUGGUAUGUCGCCAGAGGAAAUUCACCUUGAAGCGUUCCAAAUUGCAACUUCGGGAGACCCCUUUACUGUGGAGGUAAAGAAGACCGGGCAGGUGUUAACAGUGGACAGAGAGAAGACACUCCUGGAAACUAUUAGGGAGGCUGGUUUGGAGGUCGAUUCGAGUUGUGAGACAGGCAAUUGCGGUACUUGUCGAGUCGAGGUCUGCCAAGGGAGAGUGGAUCAUCGGGGAAGUGGGCUAAGUGGAGAGAACAAGGCAAAUGCGAUGUUGAGUUGUGUUUCGAGAGGUAUUGGGCAUAUCGUCAUAGAUUUCUGAGUCAAGCGUUCCACGCUUAAGGUUCUUUCUGGGUUCUUCGUAAUAUUUUCUCUUGCGCUCCAACUCCUUUCAUUGUCCCAGGACAGUAUGGUAGUUCUUAGAGCAGAUAUUGUAUUUGAGCAGUAGCCAAAACGUGCCUCGAUAGACAGUUUCCAAAGCAACAACGUACUUCGAGACCCUCAACAGCUUCAUAGAUAGCAGUCAAAU